AUGAUCCAGAACUUUGACUUAGUUGAGGACGCGGGCCUGCCUCUGGCUGUCGUCAGGCCCGGCCUGUACGUCGCGCACGCGCCGGAGCAGACGGACAAGACGGUCGGUAUCACCGCGAUGUGCGCGUACGCCCACACGAUACGGCGGCCGUCGAUCGUCAUAGUGAUGGACAAGCGCGCCAACGCGGAGGGCGUCGCGCGGAAGGCCGGCGAGAUCCUGGCCGAGUUUCCGCUGCUUCGGCGGUCGAACCCGGUGUUCCUUUGGGGCUCGCGCGGCCCCUGGGAGCGCGAGGGCGUCGACACCCUCGACGCGGUCAGGAACGGGCGGCGACCGAUCGUGGUUCCUGGGUAG